UUCUAUACCACCAUAGAGCUCCUGUAGAUAGAAGUCAUGGAUUGAUCAUCCUAAGCAUUCAGUUCUCUAUGCUGCGGCAGUGCCUAUUGUAUUAGACAGAGUUCAUGUUGGAACUCAUGACCAGCAGUAUCUCAAUAACGAAUUUCGCUGUAAAAGCUGCUCGAUUUCAGCAGAAUGGAGCAGAAUAGCCCGCCCAGCGGGCUUCAAAGUCGGUCGCCUGCGGUUCUAUUUAUAGAUGAGCGGCUUCCACAUCAUGAUCCAGCUUUUAUGGAUGCCCCGAGCGCAUUCGACCAGGCUUCUGGCCAGUACUUGCCUGUACUACCUGCUUCCUCGGGUCAAGGUGAUGCAGGGAGAUCGACGGUAACGAAACCAGAAUGGAGAUCUCAACCCUCUCAGGGCGAAGUCACGAUACCCGACCAGGAACGCCAGACUGCCGAUCUGGAAUCCAUGAAGUUCUGGGACAACAUAUUCGAAGAGGCGAUUGCAAUACUGUUGGCUGAAUCUGUAGAGCCAAAAAUCCUGGGCAGCUCGGCCUGUGGUAUUCGUAAUGCCAGCGGGUGGGGCGAGGUUUGCUCUCGCUUGAGCAAGGCUCAGAACGCCUACACAGGUGAAGAUGGAACUGCUUGCACGCUCAAGCGUAUGCGACGCAGAGUUGCCGACAACUUCAGUCAACCUGCGGCACAUAUAACGAAGCUGGUACCUGAUAUAGAGCCAUGGACCACUCCCGUAGCCGGGACAUUUGGCCUCCUUCUGCAGGCCAUGACGGUGGCGGCGAAAACAAGACAAGAGGUUUUGACGAGUCUUUCAGAUCUUUCCAAGACAUUUUCGAACAUCAACAGUUUCGCUGCUACCUUUCCCAGGGAUGACAGUGUUAGAGAGGCAUCGGUGUCCCUAGUUGUGUCUAUCUUCCAGGCAGUGGAGCAGGCAAUGGCAUUCUUUCUCAAGAGUUCAGGUCGAAGAGCCGCAGCGGCCGUGCUUACUGGUAGCGAAUAUCAGACCACGCUGCUCAACAGCUUUAAUGAAGUUCAGAAACGAAGCAAUUACCUGGUCCAGAAGGCGCAGAACUCCCAUUACGAGGGGACGAGAACUGCAAUGCAGGAGAUACUCACUCGUGAGGCCCAGCUGCUUGCAGGGCAAGCCGAAGCUGCCAGACACUCAGCUGACACGAAGAACACGAUCCUGAGCUUGAUGCAGGUGUACGUGAGAGAGAAAGAAUUGGAUCGGAAGCAGCACCAAGAAGAACUAAGGCGCAGAGACGAGAUUCAGAAGCAACAAGAUGCAAUGCACCGGAGGGACCGCCAAGAACUUAUUGCACUUAUGAAUCAGCUUCAAAUAGCUCCGCGUCCUGUCUCGCCUCUUCCGGCUCCCCUGGCACUCUUGCCAUCUCCAUCAUCUUGGGACGGACCACCUAUGCAUGUACCAAGCUUUCCCAUCUGGACAGCCCAAUCACUUCUACAGCUGCUAGGUGUCCCGGAUGUAUCUUCUUCAGACCUUUCGAGGGUCAAGAACCUGGGCACAAUAUUGGCGUUGAAGGACAAAAAGAAGGCAGAUCGGGUGGUCCAGAGUGAACUCUUCAGGCAGUGGAUGGGUUCUGUCAGGCCAGUCAAGCUUCUAGUACACGGCGACUUUCGCGGCAGCAGAACCGCGUCACCUCUGACCUUAUUAACCGCCACUCUGACCGAAGCGGGUCGGGCAGAUCCCACUCGCUUCGUUACCCUCGUGUUCUUCUGCAGCUGCCACAUUGACCCGUCCGAAGAUGCCCUCGUUGGUGGCAAGGCGUUGAUCCAGUCUCUCAUCUGUCAGUUGUUGCACCAACAGCCUCACAUGAACAUAUCGCCUACCCCCUGGGAGUUCCAUCCCGAGCGCGUCGGCCAAGUGGAUUUACAACAAUUAUGUCACCUUUUCAGCCUGCUCGUCCGUCAUCUGCCAAGCGAGACCACUUUGUUCUGUUUAAUCGACUGCAUGGUAUUCUACGAGCGCGAUGAAUUUAUUGCCGAAGCGCACUUUGUCCUGGCAGAGAUUACGCGACUCGUCGGCGACCCCGCCGUUCAAGCCAACACGAAGCUUCUCAUCACCAGUCCGUGGAGGUCAGGCUUAGCACAUCAGUUCUUCCAGGGGGACCGUGAAGUUUUAAACAUGCAUGGUAUGCCAUCUAUUGGGCUUACACCCAGUUCUUCUCGGGUAAUCGAUCGUUACAUGCUGCAUUCGGGCUCCGAACCUAGCUGGGAAGGUUCACCUGAGCCUUGGUAAGGAGUAGCAGUGGAUAUAACUCGGGAGGCAUGUUUCGAAUUGGUGAUUGAUACCUCGGUAAGCGGUGCUUGUGCGCUCUACGAUAGAUGGAUCAUGGUCUCACUGCUGUUUUCUAGGAGACAAUCAAUAUUUAUCCUUCUUGUAUUCA